UCAGUUAUAAAAUGCUCAAAGUAAAAUUUUAUUACAAGUGAAUAAUCUGAAAUAUGAACAGAAGCUCUGACAGAGAAAAAAGCAGUAUCAGAGAGAAGAGCGGCACAGCUGUUCAUGUUGGACUUUAAUGCCUUUGUUCUUAACCAGGAAAUUGACUCCGUCCAAUCCCAACAUUUUGCUGCACAAAUCUUAUUUUAUAAUUCAAAUUUGUAUAAGCUUUGUACAUACAUACACACACGAGUAAAUACUGGGUAGGCGAUGGAGAACUAGAAGAAUCUGAACUUUGUGGGCAAGUCUCUUCUGGAUUUUGGUUUUUGUUACCUUUAGAAAGUUAAUGGCUGAACAAAUCUGUCUCUUCACCAAGGAUACCAUAAUCAUAAAACCUUCCAAGAAAUCCCCAGCUCUGUUAAGAAUGACAGUCUUGGUGUUUGCGAUGGCAUUUGGUGUUUAUAUUUGCUCAAUCUGUCUAAAGCAAUCUAAUUUUAGCAUCAGUUCGAAAUUUCUAAACAAUGAAAUCAUCGAGAGGACACAUUGUGAUUAUAGUAUCGAUAGAUCUCAGAUUCCUUACGUGCACUAUCCAAAUCCCAAAACUUUUAGCAGGGUUGAAUGUGCAUGUAAUCCUGUACGGCUCUUUGCCAUCGUGUCAAUGCAAAGAUCUGGAAGUGGGUGGUUUGAAACGUUAUUGAAUAGCCAUAUUAAUGUCAGCUCAAACGGGGAGAUUUUUUCUGUCAAGGAGAGGAGAAAUAAUGUUUCUUCAAUCUUGAUGACACUGGAUAGAGUUUACAAUUUGGAUUGGUUUACUAGUGCUUCGAAGAAUCAGUGCUCAGCUGCAAUUGGCUUCAAGUGGAUGCUUAAUCAGGGGUUGAUGGAGCACCAUAAAGAAAUUGUAGAAUAUUUUAAUGACAGAGGUGUGUCAAUCAUAUUUCUUUUCAGACGUAACCUUCUGCGUCGGAUGGUUUCUGAUCUGGCAAAUUCCUAUGAUCGAUAUGCUAAACUUCUGAAUGGAAGGCACAAGUCGCAUGUGCACUCACAUGAAGAGGCUAAUACACUUUCGACAUAUAAGCCAGCGAUCAAUCUAACAUCUUUGGUAGAGGAUUUAAAGCUAAUGGACAAAACAGUUUUGGAAGCCCUGGAGUAUUUCAGCAGCACUCGGCACUUCAUUAUAUACUAUGAAGAUCUCAUGAAAAAUCGAACUAAAUUGGUUGACGUUCAAGAGUUUUUGAGGCUUCCACGAAUGGAGUUAACUAGUCGGCAGGUUAAAAUACACAAAGGAUCAUUGUCGGAUCACAUCAAGAACUGGGAUGAUGUCAACAAGACACUUCGAGGAACUACAUACGAGAGCUUUCUUCACAAUGACUACUGAUUAGGGUCCUUUCUGUUCGAGGAAAUGAAUGAGUACUUCAACUAACUUUCUUUCAGUAGCUGACCAUUAUAGAAUUCUACACCAAAUAGGUGACAUCAAUGAAAUGUUGAUGUCGUUCUCAGUCGAAUAUCAGUCUAAUCCUGGCUUUGUUCUUUUACUUAUAACCAUUUUUUCCAUUUUUUUUGUCCUUUCAAAUUAUGCAGGCAUAUGUACAGCUUUGUUACAUAUCCAUGUAUUGGCAUUGUGAACAGAAUGUGAAAUCCUUUUAUACCUGUAGACUGCAAAAGGGGAAAAACUCUGUAGAACUUCGGAAUAUCACAUUGAAGUGAUCUCAUUUAUGGGUUAUUUAGUUCCA